AGGUGGCGAGGAGGGACAGGACGGAUCGGAUCGUGUAAUACCCGACGACGACGAGACGGAUUCAAAUCGCCAUCCUCACAACUACCAACAUAAUCUUUGGCCACAUUUUCAAACGAAUUCCACCAAAGACCAAAGUUUCCCAAAAUGACACUAUCUGUCGGCACUCACUUCCAUCAAUGAGAAAGGAAAUGGUAUUAUUGAAGCCUCAUAAAUUGCAAUAGCAAAACCCAAUUUAAAGCACCCACAGAGACAGACAGAGGAGAAGAAGAAAGAAAGGACCUUUCUUCCUUCUCUGUUCAGCCAAAAACACACAGAAAGAAAAAUGGACUCGAAGAAGCCACACGCACUGUGCAUACCUUUCCCAGCUCAGAGCCACAUCAAGGCCACGCUCAUGCUCGCCAAGUUACUCCACAACAGAGGCUUCCACAUCACAUUCGUCAACACCGAGUUCAACCACCGCCGCUUCCUCCAGAGCAGAGGCCCCCACGCCCUCGCCGGCCUCCCCGACUUCCGAUUCGCCACCAUCCCCGACGGCAUCCCGCCGUCGAGCAUCGACGCCACGCAGGACGUCCGCGCCAUCUGCAGCUCCAUCCGCAAUUUCAUGCUCGCUCCCUUCAGGGACCUCCUCGCCGACCUGAUGUCCCGUACUGACGGAGACCCCCCUCCGGUGAGCUGCGUGAUCAACGACACGAUGCCGUUCGCCGUCGACGCCGCUCGAGAGCUCGGCGUGCCGUCGGUGAGCUACUGGAGCUUCGCUGCUUGUGCAUUCAUGGGGUUCAAGCAGCUCCGCCCCUUCUUCGAAAAGGGCGUCACCCCUUUCAAAGACGUCAGUAAUUUGACGAAUGGAUACCUCGACACAGAAGUCGAGGUGCCGGGGAUGAAGAACAUGCGACUCAGAGACCUGCCGAGCAUCCUGCAAACGACGGACGCCGAGGACCCGAUUCUCCACUGGCUAAUGGAGAGCGCCGAUUCCGCCGGCGGAGCUUCCGCCGUUCUAAUCCACACAUUCGACGCCCUCGAACCGGACGUCCUCGCCGCGCUCGACUCCAUCUACCCGGACCGGGUCUACCCGGUCGGACCGAUACAGCUCCUCCUCGAUCAGAUCUCGCCGGACCCGACCAUCGACGACGCAAUCAGCUACAGCCUGUGGAAGGAAGACUCGGAGUGCCUCCGCUGGCUCGACGCCAGACCGCGAAACUCCGUAAUCUACGUCAAUUUCGGGAGCAUCAUCACGAUGUCGAAACGGGAUCUGGUCGAAUUCGCGAUGGGUUUCGUGAGCAGCGGGGUCUCGUUCCUCUGGGUCAUCCGGCAGGACCUCGUCGAAGGGGAACUGGCGGCUCUGCCGCCGGAGGUACGGGAGAAGGCGGAGAGGAAUGGGUUCAUCUCCGGUUGGUGCCCGCAGGAGGAGGUGCUGAACCAUCCGGCGGUCGGAGGGUUUCUGACGCACUGCGGGUGGGGAUCGGUGAUUGAGAGCUUGACGGCGGGGGUUCCGGUGCUCUGCUUGCCGUUCUUCGGCGAUCAGAUUGUGCAUUGCAGGUUUUUGUGUAGGGAGUGGGGGGUCGGGAUGGAGAUCGAGAAGGAGGUGAAGCGGGCGGCGGUGGAGAAGCUGGUUAGGGAUUUGAUGAAUGGGGAAGAAGGGGAGAAGAUGAGGAAGAAGGCGGAGGAUUGGGGGAGGUUGGCCCGCGAAGCUACUGGGCCUGGUGGAUCGUCGACCGUCAAUUUGGGCCGAUUGGUGAAUGAGGUCCUUCUGCCGAAGUGAGUGGGUUGGGCUUUUCUGGUUUGAAGUUUGGGCUGGACCUUGACAUUAGAAUACUGAAACCUCAAUGAUUAGUUGUUAGUUGUUACCCUCGAAUAAUCGCCAAUGUAUGUUGGAAAUUUGGAAAUUUUAUCACUGUAAUCUGUAUCUCCCCGUGAAAUAAAUCAUGUAUUUCGAUUCAUUUCAACACAAUCUCAUUUCCUUUUCGCUUAUCCCAUUAUAUAAUCC